CAGCAGCGACAGCAGAAUGGCUCAACAAAGUGAUUUUUUUAAGCGCCUAUUUGGGUUUGAGUCCCCAGAACAUACAGCUCAAAAGGCAGAGUCUCCAACUCUGGAUGAACCGUGGAGGGAACUAGACUGGGGAGAAAAACAGAAGAACCUUAAAUAUGUGCAGGAAUACAAACCAGAACAAGAUGACAUCAGGUACCUCCGGGUCCUCCUUUACGGACCCGUCGGAGCUGGGAAGUCCAGUUUCAUCAACUCUGUCAGUAGCGUCCUCAGAGGUCGGAUGACAAUUCCUGCUUUGGCCAGCGCGACCACGUCUGAUAAAAGCUUCACCAAAAAGUAUGAAACUCAUAAAUUCAAUAAAGGACGAGGAAGAGCAAAGACAUUUUACCCUCUGGUCUUCAACGACUUCAUGGGACUGGAAGAUGGAACCAACAGGGGAGUUCAUGCUGACGACAUCAAACUGGCUUUGGAAGGUCAUCUGAAGGAAGGUUAUGAGUUCAACCAAGUUGCUCCAAUAUCUCAGGAUGACCCAGGCUACAACCCGACCCCCUCUGCUGAUGACAGAGUUCAUGUCCUGGUCUGUGUGAUGUCUGCCAACACUCCACAGAUGAAUUCAUCAGUUCUGGAGAAGAUGAAGAGCGUCAGGGAAACAGCCAGUGACCUGGGAAUUCCUCAAAUGGCCAUGAUGACAUGUAUAGAUGAAGCCUACUGUGAAAUUGACAAAGACUUGAGGACGGUCUACAAGAGCAAGUACCUGAGAAAAAAGAUGAAAGACUUCAGCUCAGCAGUGGGAAUCCCAGUGAACUGCAUCUUUCCUGUGAAGAACUACAGUGAAGAAAUCGACAUGAACGAUGACAUUGAUACUCUGAUCCUGAGCGCUCUGAGGAAAAUGGUCGACUUUGGAGACGACUUCAUUGAGAAGGCAGAGAUGGCUGCAGUGGGGGCUGAGGACAACAACAUGGAGGACAACGGCUCUGCAGGAGAAAAGGAUCACAAAGCAGCAAGUCAGCCAGAAGGGCCCAAACUGGAGACUGCCCUCCAGAUCUACCAACCUGGAAACAGUCACACUGAAACAUCAUCUGCAAUGAUGGACAACUUGGGGAUGGAGCAAGAUGACGGGGAUGAGAGUUCUUCAGAAAAGUCAACAGAAACAUCAUUUGCAAUGAUGGACAACUUGGGUGGGACACAAUCACAAAACGGGAAUUGUGACGAAGGGAUGGAGCAAGAUGACGGGGAUGAGAGUUCUUCAGAAAAGUCAACAGGAAGUAACACUGAUGACCCUUCUACACGGAGUCGUCUGAGAGAUGGUUGGUCUAAUCUGACAGAUAAACUACCUACUCUAGCGAAACUUGAGCAGUCAAAUCAAACCACAAACAGUGAAAGGCUGUCUUUUUCCAGCCAUUUCAAACCUCCAGCCCCCGUGGUGAAGGUUCACUAUAUUUCUACCAGUGAUACGUUUGGUGCUGAUACUGCCAUAAUGAAACAAUUGAAGAACAACUUAAAGUCAUCAGUACAGUUGGAAGAAACAACCAGGAGGAACUGCAGCAUCAUCAUUGUCUUCUGUCCAGUUGGCCUCAAUUAUGAAUCAGAAGUAAAGUCUGCCAUGGAAAAGGAAGCAGUCUCAUCAUCUGGUAAACCAUUCAUUGUGGUUCUGAUGCAUCACACCAGACACCCGGACUAUUCCACUGCAGAAUGUGACGUCUCUGAAGUGCUGAAAAAUGUGUUUUAUGUCCAUGUUUUUUACCAUGAGACUAAACCAGGAUUACUGGAAUGUUCACAAAAUGCCCGAGCAAUCAAGUUAAUUGAAGACGUACUUCUCUCCAAGAAAUAGAGAGCUUCUGCUUUUUAUCAGUUUUGUUUUAAGUACUUUAAUUUAUCGACACCUUUCAGCAGAGACCACAAUUGCAUAUUACCAUUUGAUGAUGGAAUAAAAGAGGGAAAUCUAAAUCUAAAAUUACUGAUCUUCUGACUGUAAACAGCAUUUUUUUUUCUUCCAGUUAUCUUCAAUUCUGUGUUUUCUGAAUGCUUAGUUCUGACAGAAUGUAUUAUAUAGCGAACUACAAGUUUGUUCUGAUUCUGCGGAGGUUUAAGGCCAAAACUAAUCGGCAAAUACAAGAACAGAAGAUAAACAGGAAAUGUUCAUCAACUUCAUGCUGUUAUCCUGCAGUCAGCUUCCUGUUUGCUGGAUGAACUUCCUGUGAUGUAAUCCUACUCCUCUGCUCAAACCCUUUCCUACCGAAGGUUCCAAUGUUUUCCUCAACCUCAAAUUGAGAAACUUUAAAUGUUAUGCAGCUAUGAAAAAUAAACAGUGCAAAUGAACGUUGUAGAAAUGUAACAUAUAAAUGUUCUACCGGAUUAAGAUGGUGAAUCUUAAUCCGUAUCUUGUAUUAAUUUUCAUUACAGAUGUUGCUAUUUGAACAUAUCAUCAAUAAGUGUCAUGUUUAAUGUUCAUUGGUUUGAUUUCUACACCUUCACUGUAAGACAAAAAUAUUGCUGAAUAAAACAGAAGAAUUUACUGUUUCAUUUAUUUUCAUUUGUGUCUGUUUUCAGUACUCUAAUGUUCCACAUGUGAUAGACAGGAAGGUGAGCGGCACAGACUGUUUUGUUGCCGCCUGUGAUUUCACUUGUGAUGGAAAAAUUACAAUAAGGUCACAUCUGCUAGUCAUGUUAUAUGAAUGCUUGUGAACUCUCACCAAAAGAAC